GCCCGAUGAGCGUCGCACGGAUCUCCAGUGUACGAAGAUCGGUCGUUAGAACGAAAGGCCUUACCACGAGCAGCUUUCGAACUGUCAACGCCGACCGUCCUGCGAACGGGCUACGUUUCGUUCCUCUCGCUGCUCCACAAUCAUCACCCAAGAAAAUCUCCGCAGCAACGACAAGAGUCCUGUUAGAUGUGGACGACAACUUCAGCCGGUUUUACAACUGGACGCCGACCAUCGAUGAUGGAUUCCAUGAAUUGGACAUGAUAAUCGCAGUGGGGUGCUGAGGAGGCUCCAACAAGCAACAAAGAUCGUCUCGCUCCGACGCCUGGUCGCGUAUGCACACAGGAGACUGCGCAUUCAUGAUAUCAAGAUCUCGUCAAGCUUUCGAUUAGACGUUGUCUACAAUUGCGUUCCUCUGGUCCCUUCCACAGACGAGAUAUAUAUACGGCACCCUCGUCGCUCUAUACGCCACCCGUUAUUCUUGUGAACCUCUCACGC